GCUCGAAACAAAUAUAUAUUUUAUAACCUGAGCUUUUACUCUUCAUUGGUUCUACUUCUACACAAGUUGUGGUUGUGGCCCUUCUGGGUAGUUGAAAUCUUGGACUUUAAAGUGGAAAACUGAGAGAUUCUAGAGCUGUGAGGCUAUGAUCAGUCCAGGUUUAGUUGUUGUGGGGAUGUGAAAUUCAAGGCAAAGAUGACAUCUUUCAGUGGAUUAGGUAUUGGUUUGAGCAUAGUUUUCGGGUGCCUCCUCUUGGCACUUGUUGCAGAGCUUUACUACUUGCUAUGGUGGAAGAAGAGAAUCACCAACAGAGAGAUUGAAGAAGAUUACAGCAACCAUGCAAAGGAGCUCUUUCAAUUUAGUUGCUGGAAAAAACCUUCUUGUUUGCAGACCAACAGUAACUCUCAGGAGAAUGUCAGAGAACCAGAUGCCAAUCAUAGCAGUAGUGAAUCAGAUUUAGAACUGGGGUCUAGCAAGGAUUUACUGCUCAAGCUCAAUGGAGAAGAGAAUGUGGAAAUAUCAGAGCUCAUGAGGCUGCAUAAUCUUGCUGGCCCACCUAGAUUUCUCUUCACAAUCAACGAAGAGACAAAGGAGGAUUUGGAAUCUGAGGAUGGGAAAUCUAGAGGUGAUAGAAGUAGAAAAGGGUCAAGAACAAGAAGCUUGAGUGAUCUUAUUUUGUCUGUAGACACCCCAUACCUUUCCCCUUUGCCCUCCCCAUCAUUAAAGUCUUCACCUUUGAGCUCUUUGGACUCUUACAAACACCAUGGAUUCAACCCUCUCUUUGAAUCAUCAACAGAAGCUGAGCUGAGCAGGUUGAGAUCUUCUCCCCCUCCAAAGUUCAAGUUUUUAAGGGAUGCAGAGGAGAAAUUGUUCAGAAGACUUAUGGAAGAAGCUGAGAAAAGGGCAGCUAAAAAUUGUGGGUCUGCUCAGGAUUUUGGGGUUAAAUCUACACCCAAUUCAACAAUGGCAACAGAAGAGAAAGAUGGGUCUUUUAUAAAACUGGUUGUUGGUAAGAACAAGGAAAACCAGAGAGAGCAUCAUCACCAAAAUCUACCACAAAAUCCUCCAAGCUCUUCCAAGUUUUAGCUCUUGGGCUUUUGGGGAAAGUAAGGUAACCAUGAAUGGACUGCAACAUUUUUGUCUGAGCUUCAUUGACAAUUCCAGACAGGACUGACAAAUUCUACGGAGUGAUUAAGGUGUUGGUUAGUUCAAGUGGGGGAACUUGUGGGGUAAUCAUUCUUGUCCCUUCCUCAAAUAUCCUCAGGUUUCUUAAGCCAGUAAUCAUCCAUUAUCAUGAGGUUUUACUCUCGUUCUUUUUUUAACAUGGCUUUUCAUUCUUCUUACUUAGGUUAAUUCUACAAUUAGAAGUAUAAAUACAAAAUAUUUGCAUAA